UCUAUUCCUGUCAGAUCAUGGGGACCUCUCAAUGGAACGUGUCCUUUUCUGGGCACGGUACAUUGAUGACGUCCUCAUGAUCUGGCAGGGUACAACAGAUGAAUUGGAAUCAUUCAUGCGUCAACUCAACCACAACACCAAAAAUAUUAAAGUCACUUACUCAUAUGACUAUACUUCGAUUCCUUUUCUAGAUGUGACUCUGAUUAAAGACUCCAAUGGAUUCCUUCAGACUGAUAUUUACAGAAAACCGACUGCGACUAACACCUACCUUCAUGCAACAUCUGCUCAUCCAAAACAUGUUGUAAAAGCCAUUCCAGUGGGACAAUAUCUACGCAUUAGAAGGAUCUGCUCCUCAGAUGAAAGAUUUGAAGAACAAGCAAAAUUGUUACAGAAAAGAUUUAAAGAGAGAGGCUAUAGCCAGCGAUGCUUAAAAUAUGCAUACAAACGAGCCAAAGCAACAUCGAGACAUCAAUUAUUACAUAGAAAGAAGGAACCGAUUCCGGACGACACAGUAAGAUAUAUCUCAGAUUACAAUGAUCAGUGGGACACCAUGAGAAGGGUCAUUGAAAAACAUCUUCCUAUAUUAAGAACGGACCCUAUCCUCCAGCAUUACAUACCUCCACGGAUUCAGAUGACUGCAAGAAGAGCCAGAAAUCUAAAAGACAUCUUAGUGAAAAUGGUGUUACAUCAUCGCGUGACCAAUAGCCCCCCCUUUUUUUGGAAUCCUGGGAUCCUAUAUGCGGACUAUUAACAAGAUUUAUGAAUGUUAUGGGGACUGACAUAUGGGGUAGACAUUGUACCUUAUCUUGAUUGGAUAUAAUGUAUGGAUUUAAUCUUGCUGUCGUUAAUUAUUUAUUUUAGUGUGCGAGAUCUUAUGUGGUCUUCUUCUUUUUCUUUUUCCUUUUUCUUUUCUCUG